AGCGGUUCUAUUACUCAGCCCUCCACAAUUAAUUUUCUUCCUUCAGCGGAAUCGUCUCUAAAACUCAGAACUUGCAGCAGUAAUGAAGAUUUUUCAUUUCUUUCUCGCAAUGUAUGCAUGAACAGUCAUUUGGUGAAGGAAGAUUGUGGUUCUAAUCUGGUUCACAAUGAUCAUAACAUGCCAGAAUGUCUUGCUACCAAUGAACAAAUACAGCCUACUUUAAAAUACAUAAAUAAUUCAACUUCUGGUAGCCAUGAAAGGAGCACCUGUAUAUCCUGGGCUCAUUCACCAUUUAGUCAAAGACUGCCAUCUGCAUACUUUGAUAAAGAGGUCAUUGAUUCCUGCAAAGACCCUGAUAUCAUGGCUCUUCGUACAAAUGCAUCAUGUGGUGUGACUGAAGGAUUCACAACACCUCAUGUAGGAAGUGAUGGAUGUGGUCUUGAUGACUUGGUAUCAAAAAUUGUAGAUGAUGAUCAUCUGAAUUCUGCUUUUCUUCAAGAGCAUGCAGAGCUUUUAGGUUUAACCUUAAAUGGUGGGAUGUUUGCCUCUAAUGGUUGCAGUAAUCCAACUUCAACUCAGAAUAACAUGUGGUCUCAGAUGCGAUAUAACAGUGAGAAAAAGAAUAAUCAGGAGUAUAUGUCACAUUCCACUGUAGUUGAUAGUGACAGUGUGGGUUUCACAGAGAAAGCAAGCCAAUCUCAGCACUUGGGUCCAAAUUUUUGUUUUAACUCUUUUGAGCAUGAAAAUAGUGAUAUGCCGUCAUUGAAUUAUCAUAACAAAAUUCAUCAGGUUUCAAGGCAUCCUCGACAAAUGUUUUUGCAGCCUGAAGGGAAUAUUUGCAGUUAUGAAGAUUUAGAAAAUUUCAGCACUUUACAAAAACCUCAAAAUCCAGAUAAUGAUUUAUUCAAUGAACCUGAUUUUAGAUUUUCAGACUUGGAUGCUAAUACAAUGUGCGAUUCUGAGGACCAGCAAUGUUUUUGGACCCAGGACUUUGGGAAACAAGUAUCAGAAGCCUUAAAUAUGGCCACAAGUGUUGCUUCAUGGCCCCCAUUUUCCAUUUCAUUGUCAUUUCCUCAGCAAACAUCUAGUCAAAUAAAUUCGUGUAUUUCUACGCCAGCACAUUUUAAUGAAUUAGCAAGGAAACAGGAAAGAGAGAAAUCUACUAAUGGAGAGAUAUCUAUGAUGAUGCCCAAUGGUUCAAAUUAUAAAGACAGUGGGCGCCAAAGUAACAGAAUGUUUCAUCCCAUAUCUUCAUCUAGUUCCAAUUUAAGUUCAGAGUCUCAAGAUGUUAUUGCAUCAGCUCUUAAUCAAAACGUUUUAAACAUAGCAAAUAUUUCCGAAGCUCACGAGUCUUAUCCUACAUCUUCUCAUGUUAAUUCUGGUAUGAAUUCAUGUUCUUCCGUUAAAAGUUCAGUACCUACAGUGAAUCGAAAUGGCCAUAUAAGCCGAAUUGCACAAGCCUAUCAAAACUUUCCCAGGAAUCUUAGUUCACGCUACCAUUCUCUACAAAAGCCCAUGUUGUCAUCACAGACAGCAUCAGAUGGUGAUUGCAUCUGUCCAAUAUAUGAAAAUGUACCCACAAGCAAUUCUAAUUAUGAUAGUGUAUCUCCUGUACGAAAUGGAAAUACUUUGAAUAAAUUGCAGUGUCCGAGAUCACAUCAGUCGCAAUCGAACUCUGCUGCUUUCUGCUGUAUGAAACAACCAGACUUUAUAAAACAUUGUGUGCGUGGGAAUGACAUGUCAUGCUUAGAUAAAAAUCCGGGUCUUUCUGAGUAUGAAAAACCUUUGGUAAGUGCAAUCAAUUCCAGUAGAUUGCCAGUAUCACCUGAAGUUCUUCAACAUUUAUCAGCUCGUACUAUUGCUGGGUUAUAUGCUUUUGGUUUGUACCACGAUAUGCUGCAUGCUGAUUUGAAUAGCUGUGAUUCAGGAUCUGUUGCUUUAUCACCUGGAGUGAAAUAUCCUUCACAUUUGUUAAAUUCAUCAUCUGUAUCAGAUUCCAUUUUUGAAGUUUAUCAUCCAUAUGAUUUUGUGCAUCGUCGAGGACCAUCAUCUGUGUAUGGAGCAAAUGAUGUAUUUUUUGAUCCAACUUCUUCAGCAUUUUUUUCUGUACCCCCUACUUUUAUUGGAAUGCGGCCUCUUCGGCGUAGUGGUCCAUCCAAUGAAUUGCAUCUUCGUCUUGAAGAAUGCUAUGAGCAGUUUAGGCAUCUUGAAAAAGAAAGGAAAAAGACUGAAGCUGAGCUUGCUAGACAAAAUCCAGGUAAAAAAGUCUCUAGUACAAAUACUAUACCAAUUCCACGCUUGGCAGCUAAUCCAUCUCGUGUUGAUCGUCUCAUAAUUGAUGAAUUACGUGAGCAUGCUAAGGUGAUAACAUUAGUGGCAAAAAUGGAACAGCUAAGAAAAGUAGGAGUUCAUCCUAAUAUUCAUUUGACAAUGGAGAAGUGGUUAGAAGCUAUUAGGAAUGUUCAGGCACGUAGGAGAGAUGAAAUAAUUAAUGUUGCAAAUCGUCAGCGAAGCUCAGCAACUAGAAUUCAGGAAGAUAAAGAUGUUGUAGCUUUGGCUGCAAGUAUCAUGGAGCUGACAAAAGCUUCUCGACAGGCACGGACAUCAAUGUGGUGUGCAUUAAUCACAACUGUGCUUUUUGAUGUUGAUCCUGAUGUUGCUACUGCUCAGUUAUUGCCUCCAGAUAUUCAAGAAAGUGAAGAAAAUGGUGCUUCAGCAACUGGUGAUGAUCCAGUUUCAAACUCUGAUUUGGCAGGUACUAAAGUUGACUGUUCUGUCAGCAAAGGAAGUGGAGAAUCUAAUUCAGAUCAGCCGCAUACAGCAACGAUUGCAAGUCCUGCAAAAGAAAACAGAACCACUCCCAGUGUUGUUGUCGUUAAUAAGAUAUGUCAGCCUUCUUUGGUGUUAGAGGGUACGCCAAAUUCUCUUGUCGAUAAUGUGGAAAAUGCUGCUUCAUAAUUAGCUGUGUUUUCCAACAAGUGUUAAAAUUAACUGCUGUUAUAGAAUAAGAAAUGUAUGUUGUUUUAGCUCUUGGAAUAAUAUAGAAUUUUGAUGUGAUUUACACCUGCUUUGCAAGUAUUUCGUAAUAGAGUGAGAAUUAUGAUGCAAUAUCUUUAAUAUUGCCUUGUUCCAUUAAAUACCCCCUUCCAUGUUUUAAGAACAGAAAUUUUAAGAAUCAUAGUACAAGUGUUAUGUGUGAAUGCUUCAUACGUGAAGAUAGUGGCAGCUAUAUAGCAAAUAGUUGUCAAUCCUCAGAAAAUGUGUUUAAUGAAAAUUUUCAUUGCAGUUAGAGUAGUUUGAUGAUUUUUAACUAUUCAUGUUGCUUAACACGAAUGAUGUACAGUUUUGCCUUUUAAAGAUGUUAUUAUUCCUCCCUUUUGAUGUAGUAUUUUCUAAAUAUCUGAUGGCAAUUUUCUGCAUUUUAAGUGAUUUACUGAAUUGUAAAUUUUUAAAUUCUUUAUUUUAUUUAAAGCUUAAGGCGUGUUGAAUAUCUGUGGCCAAUAUUAAUAUCUUGAAAUUGAUUUAAUUGGUUUGUGUAUGUAAAUUACAGUUUCAGUUGUGUACAAAAUAAAUCAGCAUUUCCUCCAAACUUUUAAAGAACUUUUUUUGUAAUUUUUUUAAUUAUAUGUAUUAAAUAAUGAAACUUCCUUUACAAUUAUAAUUGUUCAUAUCAAAAUUCUGCAAACUUUGCAGUAAUA